AUGGUUUCUAUAUCAGAUCCCGAGCCCGCGAAAUUUGUGUUGAAGACGUGUCUCGACAAGGGCUCGAUGACGCUUGUCUUUCGUCACAUGGUCGGAAAUGGCUCGAUAUUUGCACAAGAAAAAAUAUGGCGCGUUCGUCGCAAGAUAAAUGCGAUGGUCCUCGCUCCGCGACACGUCAAUAAGUUCACAGAUGUGUUUGCAAGAAAUAGCCAAGUUCUUGUGGAAAAUCUGGCUAAAAUAGCGGGGACUGGCGAUGUUUCGGUCUGGGAAUACUUAUGCAACCACGUCAUCCAAUCUGCGUGCGAAACAACUCUCGGCGAUAUCGUGAAUCUUCAUCCGAAUGAAUUCCAACCGUUCUGCGAGGCGUUCAUGUCUUAUUUCGACAACGUGAUAAAACGCUUGUGCCAGCCGUGGUUGUACAACAUCAGCCUGUACAAGUUACUGCCGGAGGCCGGCAGACAGUCGGCUAAGAAGAAAAUAGUGUGGAGCUUCAUUAAUAAUCUCGUUAUAAGAAAUAAAGAAAUAUUGGAAGGAAAAGGGGAUGGUCUCACUGAAAACAAUAAUAAUACACGCGCUGGUGAUACAAAGAGUUUACUGGAAUUAUUGAUAAAGUACUCCAAGGGGUACUCCGACACCGAGCUGCGUGAAGAAUCGUUGGUGCUACUUUUAGCUUCAAUCGACACUACUGUCUCAGUGGGUGGCUUCGCAUUGGUGCUCCUCUCACAACAUCAAGAUGUUCAGGACAAAGUCUACGAAGAGAUUCAACAAGUUUUAGAAGAUUCUGAUCGUCUGAUAGGUAUGGAUGAUGUGAAGAAGUUCAAGUACCUGGACGCUGUCAUAAAAGAGACGAUGCGCGUUUAUCCCACGACACCGUUGAUUAUGAGAAAGUGUAAAAGUGAUAUAAAGCUACCUUCCGGCCUGGUAGUAAAAGAAGGAACUCAAUUAGUCGUAAACAUAUAUGGAUUACAUCGCAACCCUAAGUACUGGGGACCGGACGCAAACCAAUUUAGACCGGAAAGAUUUUUGAACGCCACGCCUGAACAACUGAGCGCUUACAUGCCGUUUAGCUCCGGACCCCGGAAUUGUGCAGGUUAUCGAAUCGGCGAGAUAUCAUUGAAAGUUAUCAUCGUUUCCAUCCUCCAAAAGUUUCGACUGAAGCCGUCAUCGUCCUUCACUUACGAUGAACAAAAUCCCUUGCGCAUGAAACACACUCUAGUAACAAAACACGUCGAUAAUUUUCAGUUACAACUGGAGCGUAGAUAGUUCUUAUAGCCAUAGUUUAGUUUUACACCUCGACCAAAGUGAUUUAUGUAUUUUUUAGAAUUUGUAGUCCUAUGAAGAGAAAUGGAGUCAAUAUUCAAUAAUCUUUAAGCUAAUAUUUAUUAUUUGCGAUUACUUUUUAGGUUUAAGUAAUGUAGUUGAGUUGUUUACUUGUUUGUAGGUUAACUAAAGUAAUUAUGUUGUAUAGUGAAUAAUGUAAUUGACUGUUAUGGUACUGUUUUUUUGUAAAGUUAGUUUCGAAAAAUUAAAUUAUAUUAACAUUUCUAAAAAUGAGAAGAGAAUAAUUUUAUUUAUUAUUAAUCAAAGAAUCAGCUGUGAAUUUUAUAUUUCCAGUGUUAAAAAUGUAAUUUUAUCAUAACUAUAAUUUCUUAAAUAA